CCGGAGACGGAGACGGCGACGGAGACGGAAAGCAGUGUUGAGUUUUUGACAAUCUCUGUUUCUCCGAUCCAAUAUAAUGGAAAUGCAAGAUCCGCCCAAUCCCAAUGCGAAUCCAGGCCAACUCACCACUCACUUCCAGCAACAACAACAACAACAGCAACAACAACAAGAAGUUCAGACCACGCCCACUCGGGGACCCGAAUCCCACCACAGGCGAGCGCAUUCCGAGGUGCAGUUCCGGAUUCCCGACCACUUAGAUCUCGUAUCGGACCCGUUGGAAGGCCUUGGAUCCGAGGAUGACCUCUUCUCUACCUACAUGGAUGUCGAGAAAUUGGGCUCCAAACUCGACGAUGCGACAGCUUCUGUUUCAGGGGAGAAGAAUGUCACGAAACCGAGGCAUAGGUACAGCAAUUCUAUUGAUGGUUCUUCAAUUAUGGAAGCCAUUGAGGCAAAGAAAGCUAUGGCUCCUGAUAAGCUGGCCGAGCUAUGGACUGUUGAUCCAAAGAGGGCAAAGAGGAUCAUAGCAAAUCGACAGUCUGCUGCUCGCUCAAAAGAGAGAAAAGCACAUUACAUGUCUGAACUUGAGAGAAAAGUCCAAACACUUCAAACUGAAGCAACUACACUUUCAGCGCAACUAACACUAUUCCAGAGAGAUACAACAGACCUAUCGUCUGAGAACACAGAGCUUAAGCUUCGGUUACAAGUUAUGGAACAACAAGCUCAGCUACGUGAUGCUCUAAAUGAAGCACUAAAGAAGGAAGUUGAGAGGCUUAAGAUGGCAACUGGAGAAAUUAUGACACCCACAGAUAGCUAUACUUUGGGAAUGCACCAUAUCCCAUACAGCCAACCCUCCUACUUUUCUCCCCAUCCACAGUAUGUACAAUCUGAUGCUCAGAACAUGCAAAUGCCACAGUUUCAUCCAUUUCAACCUAACAUGGUAGCCCCUAAUCAACCCCUGGUUGCCACACCUCAAUCACAUGCUUUCUCAGAGAUGAUGCAGCAGGAUCCUCUUGGCCGAUUGCAGGGGCUUGAUAUCAGUAGCAGAGGCAGCCAUACUGUGAAAUCUGAGUGCCCGUCAAUUUCUGCCAGUGAAAGCAGCGCAACUUUUUGAUAAAAACAUUUGCUAAUCUGCUCGUUGCUCCAUCCUAUUUGUUGAAUCUGUUCAUAGACUAACCUAAUUGACAUCAAGAGCUACUAUUCAUUUGAUUUUUUUUUGCCCUCAUCUGGAAUUCAGGAUUCAUAUUUUAGGAGCAACCAUGUGGGAAUAGGAGUUUGUUUGUGAGUUGUAGAUUAGUGCAAUUCUUUUUCACGUUAAGCCUCAUGUUGUACUGUCUGUCUGUAUUUUAGCUUGUAUUAUUGGGGAAAAGUAUUAGUUAUGGUAAUAAUUUAUUCAGCAAUAC